AUACUUGCCUUGCCUUGAAGCACACUAAAGGUGUCACAUUUUGACGCUAGCUAGCAAGGUCCCUUAGAAUAUUUGGUAGAGAGAAAAUGUAUGCUCAAGUUUCUGCAGUAGCUGCCCCAACCAAAACUGAUAUUCCAGAAAUUAAUCGUCGAUCAGCCAAUUUUCAUCCCAGCAUUUGGGGUGACCGUUUCCUCACAUAUGCUUCCGAGUUCUUGGAAAUUGAGGACAAUUUGAAGCUACAAGUUCAGGAAAUGAAGGAAGAGGUGAGGGGAAUGCUAACAUCUCCAGUUGAGGAGCCCUCACAAAAACUAAACUUGAUUGAUUUACUCCAGCGCUUGGGUGUGUCUUACCAUUAUGAAAAUGAGAUUGAAAUAACUUUGCAACAAUUACAUAAGACACUUUAUGAUCGUGAUGACCAAGAAAAUGCAGACGAUCUUUAUAAUGUUGCACUCCAAUUUCGCUUACUUAGACAACAAGGUUACUACAUUUCAUGUGACAAGUUCUCCAAGUUCAAGGACACCAAUGGGAAUUUCAAGGAAUCACUAACUAGAGAUGUGCGUGGAAUGUUAAGCUUGUAUGAAGCCACACAUCUUAGGGUCCACGGUGAAGAUAUACUAGAUGAAGCUCUUUUGUUCAUUACCCCACAACUAGAGUCUGUAGCAUCCCGCUUGAGCCCUCCUCUUGCAGCAGAAGUAAGACAUGCCUUAAAACAGCCUAUCCGUAAAGGAUUGCCAAGGUUAGAGGCAAGACAAUAUUUUUCUAUCUACCAAGAAGAUCCUUCACAUGAUAAAUUUCUUCUUACCUUUGCAAAGUUGGAUUUCAACUUAUUACAGAAACAGCACCAGAAAGAACUUGCCGACAUUGCAAGAUGGUGGAAGGACUUGAACUUUUCGAGGAAGCUACCCUUUAUUAGAGAUAGAGUGAUUGAGUGCUACUUUUGGAUUUUGGGAGUGUACUUUGAGCCAGAAUAUUGCUUUGCUAGGAGAAUAUUGACCAAAGUGAUAGCAAUGACCUCAACUAUCGACGACAUCUAUGAUGUUUAUGGCACACUUGAAGAGGUUGAGCUCUUUACUGAAGCAGUCGAGAGGUGGGACAUUAGUGCCAUUCAUCAACUUCCAGAGUACAUGAAAGUGUGUUACCAGGCACUUCUAGACGUUUAUUAUGAAAUGGAAGAAAAAAUAGGUGAAGCAAAAUCAUACCGCGUCAAAUAUGCAAUUGAAGCAAUGAAGAAUCAAGUUAGAGCUUACUUUCAUGAAGCCAAAUGGUUCCACAAAAAACAUAUACCAACAAUGGAUGAAUAUAUGAGCAUUGCACUUGUUACCUCUGCGUAUUCAAUGUUAGCAACAACAUCGUUGGUUGGAAUGGGAGACAUUGUUACAAAAGAUUCAUUCGAGUGGUUGUUCAGCGAUCCUAAAAUGGUCAGAGCUUCUGCAGUGGUUUGCAGACUCAUGGAUGACAUAGUCUCACAUAAGUUUGAGCAAAAGAGAGGGCACGUUGCGUCGGCUGUUGAAUGUUACAUGGCACAGCAUGGUGGUACAGAAGAAGAAGCAAUCAAUGAGUUUUGCAAACAAGUUACAGAUGCAUGGAAGGACAUCAACAAAGAGUGCCUCUACCCAACUACUGUCCCCAUGCCAAUUCUAAUGCGAAUUCUCAAUCUUGCACGUGUGAUUGAUGUCGUAUACAAGGACGAAGAUGGCUACACGCAUGCUGGAAUUGUGCUCAAAGAUUUCGUCACUUCGAUGCUUAUCGAUCCUGUGCCAUUUUAAACAUGGACCCAUGCAAUAUUGCAAUAGCAGCCAUUUGAUUAUAAGGUUGUAGGAAAAUAAUUAUGUCUAGAAGAUAAACUCUUCAUUCCUCUGGGUUAUUAUCUUUAAUGUAUGUUCAUUAAUUAUAUUUCAAGAUGAAGGGUUCAUUGGAUUAA